ACUCCUCUAAACCGAGACGUCCAUUCGCUGCCAAUUCAGAAUGGCGACGACGGUGAGCGUGGAGCCCACGGGCCCCUCUUGCUGGGACGAGCCGCUGCGCAUCGCCGUGUGUGGCCUGGCCCCCGAGCAGCCGGUCACGCUGCGCUCGGCCCUGCGCGACGAGAAGGGCGCGCUCUUCCGCGCCCACGCACGCUACCGCGCCGAUGCCCGCGGCGAGCUGGACCUGGCGCGCGCGCCCGCGCUGGGCGGCAGCUUCGCGGGGCCAGAGCCCAUGGGGCUGCUCUGGGCCCUGGAGCCCGACAGGCGCUUUUGGCGGCUGACCAAGCGGGACGUGCAGACGCCGUUCGUAGUGGAGCUGGAGGUGCUGGACGGCCACGACCCCGAGCCGGAGCGGGUGUUGACCCGCGCGGUGCUGGAGCGCCACUUCCUGCGGCCGGGGGUGCGGCGUGAGGCGGUGCGCGCGGGCCGGGUGCGGGCCACGCUCUUCCUGCCACCAGGCCCCGGGCCCUUUCCCGGCAUUGUGGACAUUUUUGGCGUUGGAGGUGGCCUUCCGGAGUAUCGGGCUAGCCUGCUGGCUGGGAAGGGAUUCGCUGUGCUGGCUCUGGCGUACUACAACUAUGAGGACCUCCCCAAGAGCCUGGAGACCCUCCACCUGGAGUACUUUGAAGAAGCUGUGAACUACCUGCUCAGUCACCCUGAGGUGAAAGGCCCAGGAAUUGGACUGCUGGGAAAUUCCAAAGGGGGUGAGCUCUGUCUCACCAUGGCCUCCUUCCUGAAGGGCAUCACGGCCGCUGUCAUAAUCAACGGUUCCGUGGUCACUGUUGGGGGAACUUCACGCUACAAGGAUGUGACCCUGCCCCCCAUAGGUGCCAAUAAGAGUCGAAUCAAGAUGACCAAAGAUGGCUUUGCGGACAUUGUGGAUGCCCUAGAUAGCCCUUUGGAAGAGCCUGGCCUGAAGAGCUUCAUUCCUGUGGAAAAGGCCGAGUGCGCCUUCCUGUUCCUGGUGAGUGAGGACGACCACAACUGGAAGAGCGAGUUCUAUGCCAACGAGGCCUCCAAGCGCUUACAGGCCCACGGGAAGGAGAAGCCCCAGAUCAUCUGUUACCCCGGGGCAGGGCACUACCUGGAGCCCCCCUACUUCCCCUUGUGCCGGGCUUCCCAUCAUGUAUUGGUAGGUGGGCCUGUCUUCUGGGGAGGGGAGCCCAGGGCUCAUGCUGUGGCCCAGGCAGAUGCUUGGGAGCAACUGCAGGCUUUCUUCCACAAGCACUUGGGUGGUAAGCGUUAGAGGUGCUACAUGGAGAUUUGAAACAAAUUAUAUAAUCCAUCUUUUGUAGGUUUAGAAGAUGAAACUAUCUUCCAGAAACUUCAGUUUACAUUAGUUCAUU